UCAAGCGAUGAUUGGCGUGUCAGGGCAGCUAUCUUCGGUUGCGCCCUGAUCCUGUUGGUCGGAGAAACCAGCGAUGACUAUGCUAGCUGGUUGGAAGCUGAGAAGGAAGCCCUAGAGAGGCUAGAGGUCGCGAAAUUAUUGCUAACGAACUGGAUAGUCACUUCGUCCUACAAUUGUGGUCUCCCGUUGUGGAUGGACGAUGAGAUCCUCGAGAUUAGUCUCUGUGAGGUGAUGAAAUCUCUUUGGCAUCAACCAUUCAACCGCUACGCUUGGUUGGUUGAGCACGAGUACUCUCAAUUUGAGAUGAGCUACCACGCAAACCACAUCAUCAUACUUGGUCAUGUCUUUUCGAUGCUUGCACGGCUCUUUCUAUCUGCACAUGAAAAGACGGAGCAAGACUUCUACAACGGCAAUGUCGACGUUCUCGUUGAGGUAGCCAGGCGGCUGUCCAACCCUGAGAGCGAUAUCUGCCAUUUCCGGACAGUUAAUGCGGCUGAGCACUACCUCCGACUUGAUGGUGAGAUAUUUGCACCCAGAAUGGCCAAAAUCAUCCGGCGUACUAUCAAGGUGAUUCGAGAAGAGACCGAGCUUGGGGAGGCCAGUGAGACUGAGUCUCACAACGUCAGACUCCGUGCUGCAGUCGACGCUCGUCGGGCUAAGGUGAAAAACAAACGCAUGUGGAUUAUCAGCACAGAAGCUGCUGGUAUAGCAUGCAAGAUUGCCUACCAUUGA